GUCAUCAACAUGACGACAAAAGCACCCAGAGGCGACGGAGAGCAUGAGAUUCGCAUCUUCCCUCGAGUGAGCAUAUAAAGGAAAUUUCAUUGUUCAAAAUUAAGCAGAGAUCGGCCUACCAGCUCUCUCUACAUCAAGUUACAUCAGUUGUGAAAAAUCAUGGCAAGCAAGGCGACCAUCUUGAUUGUUGCUCUUCUCGGGCUCUGCUUGAUCCUUGCGGAUGCACGAUGCACCAAUUCAGAUUGUGACCCGGGCAAGAUCAAGAGUGUCACUGACGGUGGUGACGAUAAUGGUUUAACAUGCUUAAGAGAUGAGACGACGGGCUGCAAUGCCAGUCAGCAUCCCCCAUGCUGCGAGGGCUACUGUGAGAAGAGAGUGUUCUAUGGACAUCCGUAUACCAUAUGCACCAAAUGCUUGUACGCCCAAAGCCCAUAUAUGUGCGAACAAGCGUCCAAGCACGAAUGAAAUCAAUCGGAGGCCGUGAGCUAGAGAGCAUACGCUGAAGAUGGAGCUGCACUUGUGGGCACUGAUGAGGUUCAGGUUUAGGAUUCGCGGCGCACCUGCUGGACCGCAAGGCUUGCACAGUAGUCUAGCUGAAGGUUACUGGAGAGAAGAAUGCUGAAUGUAAGAAACGCUCACGACCAGUGUAUACUCUUUUUCGAGGCAUGAAAAGUACCGACCUCACCGAAGAAUUUCCCGUUCCGUUAGUUUUUUUUCAUAUUGUAUGUCUGGAUCCUUCGAUUAGAGGACUGCUUUAACCGAAGUUUGUCGAAGUUUGAAUCUCAUCGUAUGGAACCGGAGUUAUGAAAUUACGAGCUGGUAAGAAUAGUACGUCGAAAGAAAGCUGGAAAUUCUGUCGCGGUCGAUGAAGGAAAUAGUCGGGAGUAAUCAUUUCAGUUUUAAAAGACGGCAAAGGGAUGAUUAUAUUUCUAAUAUAGUUUAUAUAUUAUUUUUGUAUUUAGCUCACAGUGGGGGUGAAGUGGCUCUCGAGAUCGGGAAGAUUAAAGUGUAUUUCGGACCGAAAUAAUUGCAAGUUGUAUUGUAACAAUUGCAGCCGCUUCUUCCUUGGCUCUGAAUUGUCC